AUGGACUCCACGCAGUACGAAGGGAAUGCUGAGGACGCAGACCAGCGUGAAGGGGCGGACGAAGCCGUGGAACGGCUGACGCAAAGGUGGGCGGACCUGGCGAUUGAGGAGGAGGAGGAUGUCGGGCUCGAACCGGUUGGUAAUGAUGUCGGAGUGGUGGCGGAGGAGGAGGAGAGGUCUUGGGUUUGUGUGGGGCGUUUCUUGACGUCCAAGGUGAUCAAACUUGAGUAUAUGCGGCAAGUCAUGGCUUCGGUAUGGCAGCCGGUUUUGGGUAUGCAAGCUACGGAGAUUAGGCCAGGCGUGUUCAUGUUUAUCUUCUUUGAUGAAACCGACAUGCGAAGGGUUCUCGAUGAAGGGCCAUGGUCGUUUGAUAACAAUACUCUGGUUUUCCGGCAUGUUAUGGUGGGGGUUCGGCCUGGGGAUGUGGAAUUAACCUCUGUGGACAUGUGGGUCCAAAUGUAUGAUCUUCCGGUGGGCUAUACAUCCGAUGUGGUUUUAGAACAGGCAGCCAAUUUUAUUGGUACUUUUGUCAAGAUGGAUGAUUGUUUUCCUGGGGCACCAUGGAAAACGUUUCACCGAGUUCGUGUGUCAAUCCCGGUUGAUAAGCCCCUAAAGAGAAGAAUGAAGUUGAUCAAACGGGACAAGACAAGUUGCUGGGUGAAUUUUCGGUAUGAACGUUUGCAUACCUUCUGCUUCUAUUGUGGCCACUCGGCGCUGUUUCUAAACACUGAUACAGCACUGCGUGGACAAGGGGGACCGAGGGGCUUUCGUUUUGAAAUGGCCUGGGUUCAGGAUGAUGGUUGUAAGGAGGUAGUUGAGAUUGGAUAA